CCCAGAGCUUGGAGGCACCUAUAAAAGAGCCCCCGAGCUUGUCCAUGGCAUCGCAGUUUCAGCACCGAAACAGCCAACCCCAAGCCAAUCAAAAUGUUCACCAAGUGUCUCUUCCUCGCCGCCCUGGUGGCAGUCUGCUCGGCCGGACUCGUCCCAGCUGUUCCAGCUGCCUUGACAGUUGGCACCUACGCCAGCAGCUACAACGCCCAUGCCAUCAACCACGCAGUUGCAGCUCCCAUUGUGGCCGCCCCUGCAGUUGCAGCUGCACCUCUGGCGUAUCCGGGAUACCCUGCGAUAUCGGCGUAUCAUGCAAUUCCUGCAUACGGAGCACCCAUAAUCGCAGGACGACGCUAAAGACCACCACUUGCCUCCACCACCUCAUCGGCAUCUCCUGGACCAGGGCACUCAUCUCUCAUGACCUCCGACCUCUCCAGAAAAUUCUGGAAAAUCAUGAAAACCAUUCGGUGAUCUCUCUUGGGGACGCAAGGAUUCGAGUCCUGUGUACGUGCAGGAGCAUCCUUGCGAGCGCUGAACAUCCUCGGUGAUUGGUCGAAGCUAGGCUUCGAAUGCUGCGAUGAUCCGAAAUUCCUCUCUUUUUUGGUUAACUAAGUAAACGUUUUCCGGAAAAUACACACACUCUUAAGGAA